AUGAAAGAAUCUGGUUUAAGAGAUUACAAAUUUCCAGCCAACUAUUUGCCCACAACAGCAGCAAAAUAUAUCUGCUAUGGUUCUUUUGUUGUUGCAAAUAUGGACAAGGUCCAAAGGUUUUUAGUUUUAGGAGGGUUUCUUGCGAUUUCUUUUUCAUUGUUCUUGCAUCUUGGUUCUGCUGCAAAUACCGCAGACCGAUGGAUGCCACAGAACACCGAUCAAGAACUGAUGCCAUCUUCUCCUGUCAAACUCAAUAAAUGGAAAGAUCAUGUGAUGUUGGACAAUGGCAUUGUUAAACUCACAUUAUUAUCUCCAAGUGGUUUGAUCGCGGAAAUACAAUACAAAUGA